AUGCGCCCUCUUACAGAAACCGAGCAGAAGACCGUCUUCGAGAAGCUUGCAAACUACUGCACCGAUCUCAAGAGCCUUAUCGCUCCUCUCGACGAUGGCGACAGAUACGUUUUCCGUCUGAACCACUCUCGCGUCUACUACGUCCGUCUCUCCGUUGCCAACCUCGCCACCAGUGUCAGCCGCGAUGCCCUCCUCAGCUUGGGUACCUGCCUUGGCAAGAUGACCAAGACCGGAAAGUUCAGACUUCACAUCACUGCCCUCCCUAUCCUCUCCGAGCACGCCCGUCACAAGAUUUGGGUCAAGGACAACGGUGCCCAGCCCUUCCUCUAUGGCUCCAACGUCGUCAAGGCCCACGUCGGCCGUUGGUCCGAGGACUGCCCCGAGCACUCCGGUGUCGUCGUCUACAGCAUGGCCGAUAUCCCCCUCGGCUUCGGUGUCACAGCUCGCAGCACAACCGAGGCGCGCCGCCUUGAUCCCACGGGUAUCGUUUGCUUCCGUCAAUCGGACUGCGGCGAGUACCUCCGUGAUGAGGACACCCUUUUUGCUGGUUAA